AUCCUAAUUUACUACAAUUUAAUCCAAGUUUCCCUCUUUCUUUUAUAUAUUAAGAAGAUUCUUUUAGUUUGAAACAGUCUUAUAAGCGUGAAUUUUUCACUUUCCAUUAAAGUAAGGUAUCUGCGAAUUCACUAAAUAAAUAUUGCCUGACAUUCUUUACUUUAAUUUUCCGAUAUAAUCCAUACUCGACCCAUUUUGUACUAAAUUCGUAAAAUAGCAUAUUUUAGGCGGAGUUUGGCGGCAUCCCGUAUACGAACCAUAUAUAAUUAAUUUUCAAAAUGUAUUACGCUAUAGGAUCUCAUAGUACACCACCUCCACCGGAUCCAAAAGAUUUAUAUAAAAGAACUUCUAAAUCUAAUUCUACUACUACUAAAAAAUCUCCUUUAGGAACUUCUGCAUCUGAUAAUUUCUUAGCAAAACCACCUAAAAAAGAUCAAGAAAUUACUAGAACAAAUAGUAUUACUACGUUACAUUCAGACGGUAAUGAGAACUCAAAUUAUAAACUUGUAAAAAUGAAUAGUCGAAAUUCCCUUGAUUCCAAAUUUAAUUAUAAGACUCAAUAUAAAAUUCAAUUAACAUUAAGUCCUAGAGAAAUAGAUUUAAUUCGAUAUUCUUGGAAUAAAAUAUUGUUAGAUGAACCUUUAGUAGAUAAGAAACAAGCCCGUAAAAUGGGUGGAAAUGCGGCUAUCUCUACUAAUACACAAAAUAAUAAUCAAAAUCAUUAUGUUACUUUUACAAAUACAUCUACAGUUGCUUCAUCAUUAUUCUGUCGACAAUUUUAUGGUAAUUUACUUUUAAGUAGUCCAGAUUUAGAAAAAAUGUACCCUAGUAUAAAUCAUCAAGCAGUUGCAUUUGCAGGAAUUAUGUCAAUGGUUAUAUCACAACUUGAAAAUUUAGAAAGUAUUGAAGAUUAUCUUAUAAAAUUAGGUAAACGUCAUGCGAGAAUUCUUAAUAUUGAAGGUUGUCAUUUUGCCUUAAUGGGUGAAGCUUUAAUUCAAACAUUUCAAGAGAGAUUUGGUAUUCACUUUAAUCAAGAAUUAGAAAUGUUAUGGAUUAAAUUAUAUCUUUAUUUAGCUAAUUCAUUAUUACAAUUUGGUAUGGAUCCAGUAAUAAAAUUAGGAAAUGAUUAUGAAGAAGAAGAAGAUUCAUUUAGUCCAUUUUCAUUCCUUAGGAAAACUAAUACUCGUUCAACGGUUACAUCGAGAGAGACAGCAGCUACAUCGGCUAUGAAUUCUCCAUCAACUUUACCGUCUACUGAUUCACUUGAUAAUUUAUCAAGUUUAUUCCCAGUAAAAAGUAAAAGAAAAUCUUCAUUAGCUUCAUCAGCUAUGAGAUUAGUAGGUCGUAGAGAUUCAACUACUUCAGAUCCAUUUGAUCUGCCUCCACUUUCAAACGUUCCCACAAAAACAAGUAGAAGGAAAAAGGAUUGUAUAAUCAUGUGAAUAUAGAUAUGUAUACCCCAGAUUAUGAAUUAUGUGUAAAUAAAAAUUAAUUAAUUAUUUUAUUAUUAUUAAGUACUAGAGCCUUGCCUGUAUAUAAUACAAUGCAACAGUAAAGGACGCGUUAGUUAAAGACGGAUAUGUUACCAACUAUUCUAACAAGUUAACGCCUCUAAGUAGAAGUAGAAUGACUGUAUAUGACAAGCAAGCCAAUUUAAUUUAUACAAAAUAAGAGAUAGUAGACAAGUAAAUUUAUGAUUUAAGAAAAAGGAGUAAAACAGGAGUAGAACUAUAACAGGUGAUACGGUACUUCGCAACAGUCACAGGUUAGUAUUAAUAAAUAUUUUCUUGUUGUGAAGAAGAAAGAAACAAUUUAUAAACAUAAGUAAAUUUAUUAUGUAAGUAAAUAAAACAUAAUAAAUUUAUUAUGUUUAUGUG